ACCAGCUGUCCUGCCAGCUCCACAGGAACAAGCAGCUUCAAGAUACUUUGCUUCAGAAGGAAGAGGAACUUGCUAGGUUACAUGAAGAAAAUAAUAACCUCCGCCAAUACCUGAAUUCUGCCCUGAUUAAAUGCCUAGAAGAAAAAGCCAAGAAACUGCUGUCCUGCCAUGGCCAGAAAAACUGUACUGUUCUCAAAAACACCAAAAGGAGAUUAAAAGACGACCACUGCUUUGCUCCUCAGGAAACUCCACAUGCCUCCAAAGCUAGAAGGAAUCUCUUUAAUGAGUUCACUGCCUGUGAAGAACAAGCCAGUCCUACCGUGGACAGCUGGGUUUUGCAGACUUUAGGAUUAAAAGACAUCAACACUAUCGAUGAAUCCUUAUCAGCUAACUACAGUGCCUUGUCCUCAGACCUUGGAAAAGACAUGUACUGCCUGGGCCCCAGUGAAGCAAGAGACUACGACCACAGUGAGGCUGCAGCAGCAGUUUACAGCUGUGGCCAGAUGCCUCCAGCUAACAGCAGUGCCCAUUCAUGUGGUGAGGGCUCUCCCUUCAUUCCUCAGCUCUCCUCAGCACCAUGCGUCUCCUCACCGACGCGAGGCCUUUCCUCCUUCCCAGCCUAUGGGUUGCCUUAUCUGACUAGUGACUUGUCACCUAAUAAAACAGAGGUGGCCUUCACAACCUCUUUGAGCCCUCACCGCAACGUGAGGACACACAGCUUCCACCAAGGACAAGCCUUCGUGUGCAGAGAUGAUGAUGGAGGAUGGAGAUUCACCUGGGUGCCCAAGCAGCAUGAAUAAAGCACCUGCCUCAAGGGCCACCUGUAGGGAAUACGGAAGACAGACAGUUCAUCUUGUGCUUGAGACCUGUUCAGGCAACAGAAAAGAUU